CGAAACAUCGGCAGUUUCCUGUGAUAUGACACAGUCGUUUAGAUUAGAAAACACAUAUUAAUACAAGAAGAUUACACCUUAUAGUAGAGCGAAACCGCGUUUAAAUAAUUUAUCGCACUCCAGGUUCGCCGGCUGAGUGAGUUUAGCUGGCUGAAAAUGGAGGCGGUGCCGCGAAUGCCGAUGAUUUGGCUGGAUUUGAAGGAGGCUGGAGAUUUUCAGUUUAGCUCGACUGUUAAACAGUUCAUACUGAAGAAUUACGGUGAGGAUCCAGACAACUACAACGAGCCACUGAAAAAGCUGGAACAGUUACGACAGAGUGCAGUGAACGUGACGCGGGAUUUCGAGGGCUGCAGUACACUCCGCAAAUACUUCGGGCAGCUGCACUACCUUCAGAGCCGCGUGCCUUUGGGUCCCGGACAGGAAGCUGCUGUCCCGGUGUCCUGGACGGAGAUCUUCUCGGGUAAGACAGUCACACAUGAGGACAUUAGCUACGAGCAAGCGUGCAUCCUGUAUAAUUUGGGAGCGCUGCACUCGAUGCUGGGAGCGAUGGACAACCGAGUAUCAGAGGAGGGGAUGAAGGUCUCCUGUACACAUUUCCAGUGCUCAGCUGGAGCCUUCACCUACCUGCGAGAUCACUUCAGCCAUAACUACAGUGUGGACAUGAGUCACCAGAUCCUUAACCUCAACAUCAAUCUCAUGCUGGGUCAGGCGCAGGAGUGUUUGCUGGAGAAGUCCAUGCUGGACAACAGAAAGAGUUUCCUUGUUGCACGGAUAAGUGCUCAGGUAGUGGACUAUUAUAAAGAGGCCUGCCGUGCCCUGGAGAACUCGGACACCGCCUCAAUGCUCGGAAAGAUCCAGAAAGACUGGAAGAAGCUUGUGCAGAUGAAGAUUUACUAUUUUGCUGCGAUUGCUCAUCUGCAUAUGGGAAAGCAGGCCGAGGAGCAGCAGAAAUAUGGAGAAAGGCUCACUUAUCUUCAGAGUUCACUAGACAAACUGAACGAAGCGAUAAAGUUGGCUAAAGGGCAGCCGGACAGCGUUCAAGAAGCUUUGCGCUUCACCAUGGAUGUCAUCGGGGGGAAAUUUAACUCUGCUAAAAAAGACAAUGACUUCAUUUACCAUGAGGCCGUGCCAUCUUUGGAGACUCUUCCUUCCGUUAAAGGUGCGCCACUAGUCAAAGCCUUACCCGUGAAUCCAACAGACCCCAGUGUAACAGGACCAGACAUUUUCUCCAAGCUGGUGCCUAUGGCUGCUCAUGAGGCUUCCUCUCUCUACAGUGAAGAAAAGGCUAAGCUGCUCCGAGACAUCAUGGCAAAAAUAGACAGCAAGAACGAGACUUUAUUACAAUUCAUGGACUCUCUGAAUUUGGACCCUGACUCUGUGGACAACAUGGACAUGUACAACAGUAUUCCCUCUGUACUCAUGGAGAAGUGUGCUGCUUUGAGUGUGAGGCCGGACACAGUAAAGAGUCUCAUACAAUCCAUGCAGGUACUAUCAGGUGUGUUCACGGAUGUGGAGGCCUCCCUGAGGGAGAUUCGGUCAGUGUUAGAUGACGAUGAAGCAGGUGACCGGAAGCUGGAGGAGGUAGCAGGGAAGCAGAGUGUUCCAGCACAACCUGCCUCCAUAGCUGAGCUCCGUAGGGACCUCGAGAAAUACCUGGAGGCCCAUGAGAAAGCAAGCUUCACCAACACGGAGCUUCAUCGGGCCAUGAAUCUGCACAUUAGCAACCUACGACUACUGGGGGGACCACUGGACACUCUGAGAGAGGCCUUGCCCAGACCACAACUUUCUGAAGAUGAAGUAGCAGGUCUGCAGUGCAUGAAAAGGAUUCUGGGUAAAGUACAGGAGAUGAAAGACCAGCGCAGUUCACUUGAGAAGCAGCUGAGGGAGCUGAUCCAGCAGGAUGACAUCACUGCUGCUUUAGUUACCACCGAGAGGGCUGAUAUGAAGAGGUUAUUUGAGGAGCAGCUGAAGAAGUAUGAACAGGUAAAGGUGUACAUCGAUCAAAAUCUAGCUGCUCAAGAGAACAUCCUGAAGGCACUGACGGAUGCGAAUGUCCAGUAUGCAACAGUACGCAAGAGCCUGGCCGAGACAGAACAUAAAUGGAACAGUACAGUGCAAAUGCUUGUUGCUUCUUAUGAAGCCUAUGAAGACCUGAUGAAAAAAUCCCAGGAGGGAAAAGAGUUUUAUGAAGACUUGGAGGCUAAAGCUUCUCGUCUGCUAGAAAGGGCCAAGACCAUCUGCAAGACCAGGGAUGAUGAGAGACAAGUCAUUUUAGAAAAAGAGCUCCAAAAGAAGGUUCCUCAAAGACCCACAGCCCCAAAGCCAGCCCAAAAGAAAGCCCCAGAUAUGGAUUGCUCUGGCAUAGAGGACCCUGAAAUAGCCAAGCUGAAUGCUGCUAUUUUAGCCUUAGGUGGAGACUUGCCAGAAGAUCUUCGUAGUUUACCUCCUGAGCUUGCUCUUCCCAUGAUGCCAGAGGCUUUUCAUCCAGGGGCAGCUGCUCUCUAUGCACCACCCCAAUUUCCUCCGAACCUACCACCUCCUGAACUCCUUGCACAAAUCUCCCGUUUUACAACACUUCCCCCAACCCAGGGCUUCAGCCACAGUCUGCCACCAGGUUCCCUGCCCCAGCAACAUCAGGUUCCUCAGAUGCCCAACCCUCAAAUCUCUCACCUUCCUUCAGUGCCUGGGUAUCGUCCUCCAGCUUUACAAACCCAGACAGCUCUACCAUGCUCACCAGCUCCCAUUCGGACAUCCACCACCACCGUGGAUAGUGUACAGACACCUAUUCCCAGCUACACUCCAGCACCAGGACAGCCAGCUAUAUCUGCAUCCACCCUUGGACACCCUGUUCCCACUCCUGCGGUAUAUAAUCCUUCUGCUCCAGUGGCUUCUCAGGCUCGGUAUUUGCAACAGCCUGGUGUUUCUGUAAGCCAGCCGCCUCAGGGACUACAAGCUUCUCAGUCGCAGCCCCAUCAACCGUUUCCCCCAGUUCGCAGUCAGGGCCAACCACAGCCGAGCCCACCACAGCCAUUUUUCCAGCCGGUGUCAGCUCAGCAACAGAUAGCUGUACCUGUAACUGGGCCUCAGCUCCCACAACAAACUCAGCCCCAUUACCUACACCAUAUGGCACAACAAAGGCCACCUAAUCUUCACCAACGGCCAUUUAAUAUUCACUCUACACCAUCUGCACUGCCUCAGCAGGUAUAUCCUCCUGUUUCAUUUGUUCCUGGGUGCCAACCUGUGAAUGCCAUUGCUCCAAAUCAGCUGCCGCAUCAUUCCAUGCAACCACAAAUGCCCCCAUCUUCCCAGCCGAUGCCUCAAGUUUCUAUGCCACAUUUACCAAAUGUACAACAACAAAUACCCCCUUGUUCCCAGCCCUAUAUGCCCCCAGUCAAUCAGCAAGUACAUGCUAUACCACCUCCACAAACACCCCUUUCCUCACAGCAGGUACCACCUUCAGGCCAUGGGCAAAUGCCUCCUACUGCACAACAAAUACCUCCACUGUCUCAGCCACAAAUACCAUCAUCUUCCUCCCAAAUGUCUCCUCCCACUCAACUGCAAAUGCCUGCAGCUUCCCAACCAGUCUUGCAUCCUUCUCAUCCACCAGUAUCCGCUGUUUCCCAGUCUUUACCUCACCCAUCUCAUCCACCAGUGCCCAGUGUUUCCCAACCAUUACCACAUCCCUCCCAUCAACAAAUUCAUUCUCCCUACCAGCCAGCAUUUCCAGCAACCACACCAAGGGUUCCAGUCCCUGUCCAGCCUCAGUUACCUCCAGUCUCUCUGUCAACACAGUUCCCAGUGCAUGCCACUGCUCUCCCUUCACAGCCCCAUGGCAAUCUUCCCUCACAACUCCCUCCUGGACCUCGUCCUUCAGUGCCCCCACAGAUGACCCAGCAACCUAUCAGCUUGCCUCAGCACCAUCUCCCCCCUCACUCUACACCUGUGGGUUAUCCUGGUGGUAUUCCAAUAGUUCCCCACCAGUCCACAGUUCCUCAGCAGCCCCAGGCUCUGCCUCCACAGGUACCACCAGUGGCACCAGCAUCUUACCCUGGUCCACAUGCUGGGAUCAUUCCUCCUGGACCAAUCCAGCAUUCUGGGCCAGUCGUUACACCUGGACUCCAGUCACUUCCUCAGGGUAUGAUCCCACCAUCUUCAGCUGCACCAGGGGCGACACCAAGCAGUGUCCUGCCUGCCCCAUCACCUUCUCCAUCACCAGGGCCUUCCUCGCUAGGUAUCAUGCCUCAGAGGCCCUCUCCUGCUCUCACACCUGUUGCAGGAGCAGCAAUACCACAGACUGCGGCAGCACCCCUUCCCUCAUCUGGUCCCUUGCCAUCAUCCAACUCACUGUUUCAGCACCAGAAUUCCAGUACAGAUGAUCUUCUCUCUUCAAGCCCUGAAAGUCAGCAUGGUGGUAGCAAAGACACGGCCAACGUCUUAUUACCCACCAAGGCUGAUCCUCAAGAUGAACAGCAUCGCAAGAAAUCGGAGGGCGUGAAAAUUAUUCAAGGUGAUCCGUACCAGGCUCCAGAGAGGGUCUCGCAGCUUUGUGCAGAACUUGAAAGGUUUCGGUCAACUGUCCAGUCUUUGGAACGUCCCUCAGGAGAGGGAGGUUUAUCAGAACUUGAUGCUCGAUGGAAGGAGCUGCAAGAUCAGCAGGAGAAGGAUUCUCGUCAGCUCUCUAUUGCCAUAGCCCGGUGUUACACCAUGAAAAACCGCCACCAGGACGUCAUGCCUUACGACUGCAAUCGAGUUGUCUUGCACUCUGGCAAAGAUGACUACAUCAAUGCCAGCUUUAUCGAGGAUCUUUCACCAUACUGUCCCCGUCUUAUUGCAACGCAGGCUCCCCUUACCGGAACUGCUGCUGAUUUCUGGCUCAUGGUCUACGAACAGAAAGUGUCUCUAAUUGUGAUGUUGGUGUCUGAGCAAGAACUUGAGAAGCAAAAAGUCCUGCGCUACUUUCCAUCUGAAAGAGGACAACAGAUCACUCAAGGCUCAAUCACACUCUGCCUGACGACCCAGAAAAACACAGCGACUCAUGUGGAGCGCAUGAUUGGAUUGCAGUAUCGAGAUCAGAGCCUGAAGCGCACAGUCAUCCACUUACAGUUCACCUCGUGGCCUGAACUUGGCUUGCCAGAGAGCAAAAGUAACCUCAUUCGCUUCAUUCAGGAAGUUCACGGACAUUACCUUCUCCAGCGGCCUUUACACACACCUGUUGUUGUGCACUGCAGCUCUGGGGUUGGCCGAACCGGAGCCUUCUGCUUGUUGUAUGCUGCACUACAAGAGUUGGAGGCUGGGAAUGGUAUACCUGACCUGUCCCAGCUGGUGAGGAAGAUGAGACAACAGAGGAAGAACAUGCUACAGGAGAAGUUACACCUGAAAUUCUGCCACGAGGCAGUCCUUAAACAUGCAGAGCAGGUGCUUCAGCGUCGCGGCAUCAUUACCACCCCGAGCCAAAAGUCGACAAACAGCACAGCAGUUAAGUACUCGCACCCAGAGGCUCAGGAUAUCGUUCUUGGAGGCGACAUGUCCAUUAGCUCCAUCCAGGCUACGGUUGCUAGGCUAAGUAUCCGCCCACCCAGCACCGAGUCUGACCAAGACCCGAAUCAGGACCUUCAAUCAAUGCCCUCUGUUGCUGCAGGAUUAGAACCAGAGUUGUCGCUCGUCCAAGACCUCCAGGCUGCUUCUCCAACGGAUACUAUUCCUGCCUCACUGAGUCCCCCGCUUUCCUGCCCUGCUUCUCCAGGUAAGAUGCCGUCUCCUUCACCUCCGAACCACCCGGGGAACGGGUUUGAGGGAUCCACAACCUUGCCAGUCUCCAACAAUCAUCCUGCACCUGAAGUAGCUCCUCCAGCACCUUCAUCCUUGGACCUUCUGGCUUCGCUAACACCUGAGGCUUUUACACUCGACAACGGUUGCCGUGGCAAACCACGAAUCAGCAAGCAAAGUUUCUUCCAGGCACAGGAAGGCCAAGGUCUGCAGGGUCCUCCAAAUGGAGAUGACCCACUCAGCACCCUGGAUCCCCUCUGGACUCUCAACAAGUCCUGAUUUCCUGGAAUCCCUUUUGAUGAGGGCACUUCUGUUUGUGCCUCAGUGUACUAUAUUCCCAGAUCACUACCAUUUUAGUGUUUUUCGCUGCUUAUCAGCUGGCUAACAGCCUUUAUUACUUUAAUCCGUUAUAUCGUAGCGGGGACAUGCACAGAUUCCUGACUUCUUGUCCGUGGCCUGCAUCUCUGGGACAGUUUCACUGUGUCUCGGUCCCUGUGUAUCUUUCGUUCUGUACUUUUUUCUAGUACUGACCACCUUGUUCCUUAAAGCUGUUCCCCAGCAUGCACUCUUCUUCUGAAGAUGAGCCAGGCCUUCUUAAUGGACAUCUGCAUUUCAACACCAAAUAUGUCUUUAUUAACAGUGGAGAUAGGAGAACGGAAAUCAAAAAGUGGACUCGGUGAGCACUUUAAUUUGGGAGAAAGGGACACUGGGUUUGUCAGUGUUUGAUUUUCUUAAAUCUUUAAACUGAAGAAAAAACAAUGGGGUUCCUCUUUCAAAUCCCAUUUCACUUCGUAAUUCAGAGCAGUUGACAUGGUUACUACUUCUGUUGCACAGAUUCCUUUCGUUCCACUUUGCUGCUUGCAUCGUGGUCUACUUCUUAUCAGCUAUGACCAAGUUGGAAGAUGGAAAGAACCGGACAAAAAAAAGUGCUAAUUUUAUUAGCAUGCAACUGAAAGCUAGCGCGGACCAGUUCGCAGAAUCACAUUUCAGUAAUGCCUAGCUGCCUCCAACUAACAUCAGCUCACUCUUAUUGUUGGCUGUUUUUGGGGAGUAUUUGCUAACUUCGUUUGGCUAAGUGAUGCUGUAUGCUCUGUACUUCUUUUCCUUAUAACCUAACUUAUUUCUGAUUCAGUACACCAUAACAUGACUCUUUCUGCCUUGUUAAAUGUUGUAAAUAUCUUAAUUAAACAAUCGAUCUCUUCAAAACA